AUGUCCGGCUACGAUCAAUACAACCAGGGUGGCCAAUACGGCCAACACGGCCAACAGCAAGGUUACGGUCAGCAGCAAGGUUACGGCCAACAGCAAGGCUAUGGCCAGCCUCAGGGUUACGGCCAGCAGGGUGGCUCCUCCGACUACUACGGCGGCCAGCAGCAGCAGCAGGGCUACGGUCAGCAGCAGGGCUAUGGCCAACAGCAGGGCUAUGGUCAGCAGCAGGGUGGCUCCUCUGACUACUACGGUGGCCAGUCUCAUGAGCAGCAGCAGUAUGGUGGUCAGCAUGACCAGAACCGCCAGAGGUAUAUACUUUCCUCAUCCUCCACUUUAUUCGGCAAUGUGCUAACAGAAAACAGUGGCUAUGAGCAGCAGGGUGCACCCGGUGAUGCCCAAGAGGGCGAGCGUGGCCUCGCUGGUGCCCUCGCUGGUGGUGCCGCCGGUGGCUUCGCUGGUCACAAGGCCAACCACGGUUUCCUCGGAACAAUCGGUGGCGCCAUCAUCGGUAGCAUCGCCGAAGACGCCGUCAAGAAGCACCGCAAGAGCAACAGCCAGUCUCCUCCUCAGUACGGUGGUCCCGGCAGCCAAUACGGCGCCCCUCCUUCUCAUAACGGCAGCAACAACUCUAUGAUGGACCAACUCGGCGGCUUCUUCAAGAAGUAG